GCCUACAGCGUGCUUGGCUGCAUGUGCAUGAUCACCAACAAGGGCUGCCGCGAGCGCUGAGACAAGGCUUUCCCUCGAGCAAGCAUCAUGGGAUUCCCUUCCAGUUCUUCCGCCACCACGACCACCGAUACUCUGACGCGAGCAUGGACAUCAUAAGGAAUUUUGAACCGACAGAGAUCCCACUCAUUCACCAGCCCAUUCGGGAUGCGUUUUUGCCGGAAUUGGAGAAACAUCGCGCGGAGAUCGAGAGCGUCAAGUCGGAGACGUUCAAGUAUGGUUCUACUGACAGACAUCAGCUAGAUGUCUAUUAUCCACCGGCAGACGCCAUCCCCUUGUCAGGCAAAGUGCCGGUCCUCUACUUCUUCUACGGCGGCGGGUUCUUCGAGGGCGAUCGCAGGCUUGCGACACCAUAUGAACUCGUGUACACUAACCUUGGCGCGUACUUCGCCAAGCGUGGAAAUCUGACCGUCAUCUCUGACUAUCGCCUCGUGCCAGGCGCGAAGUUCCCCGAGCCUGUCGAAGACGUGAGGGAUGCCAUUCAAUGGGUCGUGGCCAACGCAGACGAAGUCUUGUCUGGGACUGGCAUCCAAGCCGACUUCGACCACGUCUUCCUUAUGAGCCACUCCGCCGGAUCGACCCACACCUCGACCCUCCUCCUCCACCCUUCUGUGCUGCCGGCUGACCUGCGCCGACGCAUCCACGGCGUCAUCCUGAAGGGCGGCGUGUACAGCUUCGAGCGCGACGAGAGUAUGAGCCCCAAUGCCUCGCUGCUGCAGCUCUACGGCAGCUGGGAUGCGAUCGAGGCAAACAUGCCUGCAACACUUCUGCAGCGGGCGCCGGGGGAGCUGUUCGAGAACUUCCCGAAGGUCACCGUGUUGGUGAGCGAAAGGGAGCCCGAUGGGUUCAUCGAGAACAGCAAGAGCUUCGCGGCGGCGCUGGAGACGAGGCUGGGCAGGAGCAUACCGAUUGUGGUGAUGAAGGACCACAACCAUCUGAGUCCGCAUUGGGCGCUGGGGACGGGAGCGGGCGAGGAGUGGGCAGAGGAGGUCACGAAGUGGAUCAAGGACAACGCACCAUCCGCAUGAGCGUGUUGGAGGGUGAGCGAGUGAGAC